AUGAAUGUCUGUUGUGGCUACGUGGCAGAAAUCAAAUGCAAGUUUUCUCCCUCAGCAUCCGAGAUGGAUCCUGAGAUCUUGCCACCUCUGUUCAUGCAUGCUUGUCAGCCGCUCUUCUUUCCUCUUUCCUCUGAUACUGGGACUGCUGAAGCCCACAACCGUUCCUCUUUUUCUCCAGCUCACAAUCUCAACGACACCACAAUCAAGAAGCUACCUUCACUUUUAUCAGCUUUCAAUAAUAUGCCCAACAACAUGAACAAAGCUCUGACCCGAGCCGCUAAAGCCAACGAAGAAGGAGCUUGCCUUUUGGAGCUGGAAGACACCAGCAAGGCACUGCGAUACUUCCGCUCUGCACUGAAGCAAUUGAAUGAGGGAUGUCAAAACGCGGGAACAUUACCCUCUGGAUCUCGCCUCUCUUCCAGUGAACUCUCCCUCAUGUCUCUGCUUGGGAACGCCGUUUCCUCCAAGCCCAUCCGAUUGGGAGAAGAUGUACAAGCCGCCGCAUUGCCUGCCUCUCCCGAGAAUCCCACUGUCCUGUACAGCCAAGCAUUCGUCUUUGAAGACCCCACCAAAGCCUGUGGCCGCCUGACGAUUGAACGACACAGCUUUUGCAGUGCCGUGCUCAUCUACAACACGGCACUCGCACUGCAUCAAAAGGGCAGCAAGGAAGAUGGCCACAAGGCGUACCUCAAGGCACUCCUCUUUUACGGAGAAAGCAUGAACUUGCUGCGUCCGGUGGCAGAGGAACCAGAGUCCUUUCGUGUUAUUCAAGAGAUCAUGAAGAACCAAGCCGAUAUCUACUACAAGCUCAAUGAUCUUGGCAACGUCCAACGAGUAUGGGAAGAGCUGGCCAAUCUGACCAAGGACCGCAACUUGGUCGGAUUCUGUCAAAAGACACACACCGCUGUCUCUGCAUAGUAGUAGCCAUUGAACAUUGCUUGCCACACAAGGACAUCUGUUUACAUUCAAAACGUUGUACAUGCUAACCUUGAAGACAAUGCACAUAACCCUAUACAUAAACCAUACCAUUGCUAUCUUACUAAAGGAUCAACUACACGCUU